AUGAAUGCCUUCAAUCCAAACGCCGACAUUGAGGAAGCGUAUCUCAAGGCGGAACCGAAUAUACUGUCUCCCGCCUCACCAAAGCCCAUACACUUCUCACAGCCCAGCAAUAUCCCCGUCCUGGAUAAUAUGAUGGAUGUAGGCUUCAACCAGACUGAAGCGCACAUGCACGCCGCCCGCGACACUGAGCUACGGCCAGGCGCAUGGCGAGAUCCCAACGAAUCUGCCGACCAGCCCUCUCCAUUCUCCACUGGAGGCGACGCCGCCGAGAGCACCAACAAAGAGGAUGGCUCGGCCCAAAUUACAGAGUCAUCUCAGAACGACGACGCAGCACAUAGCACUCAAGAACCACUGUCGAACGGACAUGAUGAUGCUGCUCCAGCCCAGUCUUCCAACGACCUCUCCUAUGCCGCGAACUGCAUUGCCAGCGCUCUCGCUACUGCCACCGAAGCGCCCUCAGCCUCGUCAGGUCCAAGCGUGCCCACUGAAGCUCCAGAUGCCACUCAAGUCCAAGCAGUUGAGCAAACGCAGCCAACGCCACUCCCAAGCGCUGUGAAUGUACAAGCCCUUUUGGAGACGCUGCAAACGUCCAUGACGCCUUCACAACCCCAAGCCCAGCAGCCACCUCCAGCUUCUGCUCCAGAGGCGAAUGCCUCUUCUCCAGUGUCAGGUGUAGUUGCAUCACCCAGUGGUCUGCCACCGCGUCCUCCACCGCAGGAACAGCCAUUGAUGAACCCAAAUUAUGUCCACUCGCAGCACAUUCGCGACUAUCAUCCGCAUGCAGCCAACCCGGCUACCCAAGCGACGCAUGCAUCACAGCCGCCUCAAUCGCAAAGUUCUGGAAAUCCUGCUGAAGCGCUCUCGAACAGCUUUGCGCCUCAAUUCGCAAAUGGAGCCAACUACGCAACCCAACCAUCGCCAACCCUCGGCUUCUCCGCCACUCAGUCGGUCAACCAAGGCCAAGCGCAGCAAUUCCAACAGCAAUACUCGACGACUAACACUACGAUAGAGUCGCGCAGAGAGUACAAAAUUGCUGCGGGCGAGACACCGACACCAGAAGAUCAGCCAUGGACUGCAGACAUUCAACGCAAAUACGAUCACUUCAUGGAGGAGGAGCGAAGAUACGUGAACGAGGCACGUUGGGACCAGUUCCCGAACGGAUCCCGCCUUUUCGUCGGUAUGCCUCGCUCACAACAAGAAAAGACCAGCAGCGCGACUAAUGGGGCCUCAGGCAACCUUUCCAGCGAGAAGGUUACGAAGCGAGACAUAUUUCACGUCUUCCACACCUAUGGCGAGCUGGCACAGAUCUCCAUCAAGCAGGCAUAUGGCUUCGUGCAAUUUCUUCGAACGGAGGAUUGCAUGCGAGCUCUGAAUGCUGAGCAGGGUCGCCAAAUUCGCGAUAAGCGCAUACAUUUGGAGAUAAGCAAACCCCAGAAACCAUCACGAAACCAGCAGCAGAACCAGAAUCGGCGCUCGCGCUCGCCAGAUAACAGAAAUCGUCCAAAUGGCGGUCGAUACGAUGGCGGCAGAGGUGGGAGAAGAGAUGGUCGAGAUCCGAGAGACGAUAGGAAUAGCAGAGAAUAUCGACCAUCGUAUCGCUCGCCUUCUCCGCGAGAUCGCUACAAUGAUCGAUAUCGGACGAGGUCGCGUUCUCCAGGCUACGGCAGAGGUUAUCGGGGCAAUAGUCCCCGGCGCGAGCCAGAUGACAAACUCAAUCUGCCACGGCGCGAGCCCAGAGACGUGCCGGACGUGCAGGUCAUCGCACUUGAGCCUCUCAAUCGCGACUUCUUGUCUUGGGUGGAGAAGGCCUUCUCUUCGCGUAACGUACGCGUGGACGUCCUUACGAUCUCUCCGAGAUUGAGCGAGGAGGCUGUCGUUCGUCGUCAGAUCAUGGAAGGUGUCAUCGCCAUCUGCAAGCUCAGGCACAUCAACCAAGAUACAUCAAAGAUAGGUCUCACGAUAUUCAAGCGCCGAGGCGGCACGAGGGAUGUACAAUUCGAGGAUUACGACAACCUCGACCCUCAUAUUUGCGCGGAACUCGUGAUAAGAGAGAGGCAGAGUCUGGGUAUGAAUGCACCUCAGCCAUCAUACGGCGGAUAUUCUGGACAGCAAUACUCGACCCCCGCGCCACCUCAGCAGUACGGUUACCAGCAAGCGCCAGCGCCAGCACCAGCACCAUAUCCUGCUCCUCCGACUGGCUAUCCUCCUGGAUACGGACAACCACCUUCAGCAGGUCACUACGGUGCUCAACCUCCUGCUAUGCCGCCGCCUGGGUAUCCACCUCAGCCGCCGAGAGUAGACUCCAACAAUCUGCAGAACCUGCUCUCGACGCUCAAUACAGCUUCUCCAGCUGCACCUCCGCAACAGCCUUAUGGUAUGCCUCCACAACCAGGGUAUCCACCUGCGCAGCCAUAUCAAGGACAGCAUUAUCCUCCAACACCAAACGCAGCGAGCGCACCGCAACAGCCACCACCCGGCCAAGCUCCGCAGAACAUGCAAGACAUCCUCGCACGUCUUAGCACUUAUCGGCAGUAG